CGUUUGAGAACAUUUCGUUCUUCCGACUCGCCGCAGUCACAGUAUACCGGGGGAGUUCCGCGCGCACACACACACACACACCGUUCACCGGGAGUCGACGCCGCUUCGGAGGAGCUGCACACUUCCUCCAAAUAGAAAGCAGCCGUGAGCCUCGGUACACUUUUGUUUAACGUCAGCGCAGAAGAACAGGCUUUUUUAUUUGGACGGUUUUAGUUGUUGGAGUCUUUUACAUUUCUGCGGAGAUGCCUGAGGACGUUGGCACGGCCAAACCCGGAGGAGUCAUAGCCUACAUUUCGUCUGGUGCUGCCUCCAGUCCGGAGUCUUGCAUGAGCACCAGCCCUAGUAGUGGACACCUGUCAACAUCACCUACUCCACCCCGUCCCUCGCUGCCCAGCCGGGCUGUCGGCAUGGUGGUGGACGUUGCUCCACCGGCUAAGAACGGGCAUCCACGUGGUCACAGCUUGGAGAAGGCUGGACGCUCGUCCGCGUCCACCAAAAGCAACAUCACAAAAAUCAAUGGGAUGGUGCUGCUGUGCAAGGUGUGUGGAGAUGUGGCCUCUGGCUUCCACUAUGGUGUACAUGCUUGUGAAGGCUGCAAGGGGUUCUUCAGGAGAAGCAUCCAGCAAAACAUCCAGUACAAGAAAUGUCUGAAGAUGGAGAAUUGCACCAUCAUGAGGAUCAACAGGAACCGCUGCCAGCAGUGCCGGUUCAAGAAGUGUCUUGCAGUUGGCAUGUCCAGAGAUGCUGUACGAUUUGGGCGAAUCCCUAAGCGGGAAAAGCAGAGGAUGCUGCUUGAGAUGCAGAACGCCAUGAACAACAUGAUGAGCAACAACAGCCAGCUGCACAGCAUGCUGCAUGGCCACCAGAGCCCGCCGCUGCCCAUGGAGGCGCAGCCCACCAAUGCCAGCCCCUCCCCUUUCUCUUCUUCUGCCUCCCUUUCUCCAUCAUCUUCCAACCCCUCCUCCCCACAGUGCCCUCAGGACUCAGAGUCUGUGGUUUCCAUGGACACCAACUCCAGCUCUUCCUCCUCCUGUGGGUCAGACAGCGGUGAGGACGAGGCUGUUGUCGCAAUGAACGGGCAGCAGCAGGAAAGCUUUGCGUACAGCCAGCAGUGGUCACAGAGGCCGUGCAGAGUUUCAUCCUCGCUGGUGACAGUUGCUGUGGCAACAGAGAGUGAUAGCCACAGGGAAGAGCAGCAGCAGAAUAACUGGAACUGCUGGAACAAUAAUGUUGCUGUGAGAGGUCACAGUAACAGCCAGCACCUCACUAACGCCACCUACAUUGAGAAGGAAGCCUACCAGCAGCUCAAUAGCACCCCCAGCUGUGAGCCAUCAGAAGACAUCCAAAAACAGCAGCAUUUUAACCCAAAUGCCUCCUCGUGCGGUUAUAGCGGCCUGGCCAAUGGUGGGAACUACAGAGCACACUUGGUGUGUCCAAUGAACACCUCACCGUAUGUGGACCCCCAAAAGCCCAGCCAGGAGGUGUGGGAGGAUUUCUCCAUGAGCUUCACCCCGGCUGUGCGAGAGGUGGUUGAGUUUGCCAAAAGGAUCCCAGGCUUCCGUGACCUUUCUGAGCAUGACCAAGUCAGCCUGCUGAAAGCCGGCACAUUUGAGGUGCUGAUGGUCAGAUUCGCUUCACUUUUCAACGUGGCUGAGCGGACUGUGACCUUCCUGAGCGGAAACCGCUAUAGUCUCUACACGUUGCGGUCACUCGGAGCCGGGGAGCUGCUCAACUCCAUGUGCGAGUUCAGCGAGAAGCUGGCGGCGCUGCAGCUGGAUGUGGAUGAAAUGAGCCUCUUCACCGCUGUAGUGCUCGUCUCAGCCGAUCGCUCCGGGAUCCAGGACCUAAACUCUGUGGAGGCCCUGCAGGACAAACUGAUCCGUGCACUGCGAAACCUGGUGAUGCAGAACCACGGUGAGGAGUCGGCCACCACCUUCACAAAGCUGCUGCUGAAGCUCCCUGAGCUGCGCACGCUGAACAACAUGCACUCUGAAGAGCUGCUCUCCUUCAAAGUGCACCCAUGAAGGCUUCUUAAAACAAACAUGCACACCUCAGCCAACCAGGACCUGCCUCAUACCCGCUGCACCACCCCACUCGCAUGUCUCCUAGAAUGUAUGAACGUUUAUUUGGAGACCAGGUGUGGAUUUGAGGACGAUGCAGAAUGUGCUAUACUUAUGGAGGAGGUGGAUUGUGUGCCCCCCGCGUGCAUGUGUCAGUUUUGGCAGCAUUGGAGGCACUUUUAUAUUUUCAAAGAUAAUAAUAAUGUUGCUGUAUGACACGAUGUAAAGCAGUAAUGAACUCGUCAGUGUGAUUAUUUUGUCACUGCGACAAAUUCUAAAGUGUCGGAGCAGCUGAAUGUGAAGGGAAAAAAAUGUAAAGGAUCCCCCCACUGCUUUGACUGAUAUGAUAGAAAUCAAAACCUAUUGAGGAGUGUGCAAGAUGAUUGCUGCUGCAUGGCUGUAUGUAACACAAACGCACAACUUCAUUCAUUGUUUGUAUGGUCCUUUUUGUUUUUUCUUUUCUCCCUAUGCCUUUUGUUCGUUUGUUUUAGUACAGCUUUAACUCUGGGUUGGCAGCUUAUGCAUUGCCGGGUGAUUUCGGGGAAGUCAAAAACAUUUUCAGAAACACUACUUUUGUACACUUUAAAGCAGAUAAGACAAAUGUCAUGUACAGUCCAAAUGUAAUUACACUCUUUUUGCUGUCUCCAGUUUUAUGACACAAGUGGGGAGUUUUUUGUUUGUUUUUAAAUUAACCCCCACUGUGCUUUCAGCAUGGCACUGAAUUGUAAUGAGUAUCUCUCGCCGUUGUCUGGAUGUUACCUUUUCCUCUCCUGGCAGCUCUGCCAUAUGUAAAUAAUUCUAUAUAUAUAUCAUGAACAUAGAAGUUUGAAUGAGAUGGUAUGAAUAAAUACAAGUGACA